GAUUUUGAGUUUGACAAAUUAAAAGAAACGAGCAAUUCAAAACGCAAAACAUUUUCUUUUUGUACAGAAUAUAGUACAUGAGAACAUAAAUUAAAUCAUUUCAGAAAAUGUAACAAAAUAAGGAAUGUUGUCUUCCCGUGUUACCUUGGCCUCUAGGCCUAACUUGUUACUAAUAUCAAAAUACGCAAGUUCAACACCAAAUGUGAAGUCGAUUCAACCUCCAAAUCCCAAUAAAAUAACAAGUGAUAUGGUCGGCCCGCCCGACCCAGUGUCUAACUUACGAAGGAUUAUAUUCCGUAAGCCCGCAAACGAAACUAGUUUAGAAAGGAAGUACAGGAAGCUAAGGACUGAAGUACAGGAGUGGAAUCAAAUUUUUUGGACACAACAUAACUCAAGGUUCUUUAAGGAGAGAGAAGCAUAUUUAAAAAGCAACCUACCAGAAGGCAAAACUAACCUCACAGCAGAUGAAAUGAGUGUCUUCUAUAAAGCUUUUUUAGACAAAAACUGGAAAGCGCAUCUUGAUUACAAUAGGGAGUGGUAUAGAAAGAAUAUUACCUUACUUAUAUUAUCUUUGCAAGUUAAAUUUAGGAAAUUGUUUAGAAUAAAGGAUAAAUAAAUUAUAUUAUCAUG